UAAGUUUAUCCUGAUUGACAAUGGAAAUGAGUGUUGCAGUGAAGUCUUUGGACAACAAGAGCAUUUUGGUCACUGGUGCUACUGGUUUUCUAGCAAAAUUAUUUGUGGAGAAGGUACUACGGACUCAACCAAAUGUCAAGAAGCUUUAUCUUUUGGUGAGAGCCCAUGAUGCAAUUUCAGCGAAGACGCGAGUUGAAAAAGAGGUUGUUUCUAAAGAACUAUUUGAUGUUUUAAGAGAAAAGUAUGGAGCUUCAUUUGAUUCAUUCUUUUGGAGCAAAGUGCAUGCUGUGCAAGGUGAUACCACUUUGGAGAAUAUAGGCAUUAGAGAUGUUAAUCUCAUUGAAGUUUUAUGGAGAGAAGUUGAUUAUAUUGUUCAUUCAGCAGCAAAUACAAGGUUCAAUGAAAGGUAUGAUGUUUCUUUAAGUAUCAACACCUUAGGAGCAAGGAAUAUCACAUUAUUUGCCAAGGAAUGUGAAAAUCUUAGGAUGUUUCUUCACAUCUCCACAGCUUAUGUAACAAAGGAAAAGAAAGGGAUUAUAAGUGAAGAGAUACCUGAAUUUGAUCAAGUGCUAAUUCCGGAGUUAGAAUUUGAAUUAACUGAAAGCAAAAUGAAAGAGUUGAAUGCCAAUUGCACUUCAAAAAAUGAGAUAAAGCUUUACAUGAAGGAGUUAGGCAUGGAAAGAGCUAAUAAAUUUGGAUGGCCAAAUGUUUAUUCAUUCACGAAAGCAAUGGGAGAGCUUCAAAUAACUAAAUUUAAGGGAAAUCUUCCUGUUACUAUAUUACGUCCAACCAUUAUUCUAAGUACUUACAAAGAACCGUUUCCUGGUUGGAUUGAAGGAAUAAGAACUAUAGACAAAUUCAUGGUUUCAUAUGGUGAAGGAGAAAUAGUUUGCUUCCCUGGACAUCCUGAUGCAAUUUUAGAUGUGAUACCUGGUGAUAUGGUUGUGAAUGCAAUGCUUGCAGCUAUGACAAAUACUGAUUCUCAUUUUACGAACAAUUUAAAUAUAUACCAUGUUGGAUCUUCAACAGUUAACACAAUGAAUUGCAGUUUGUUCUUUGAAGUCAGUUAUAAGUACUUUUCUAUGCAUCCUCAGAUAGGAAAAAAUGGGGAGCUCAUCACUGUGCAAAAGUUGUUUUUCUUCCCAACUUUGCAUGCUUUCAGCAUGUACAUGUUUUUUCGCUUUAAGUUACCUCUACAGGGUUUAUCAUUGGAGGAAUUAUCAGAAGAAAAGAGAAACCAAUACAAGAAGCUCAACCAGACAUUUAACAAUGUUAUGAAAAUGGCUAAAGCAUACAGCCCUUAUUCUCUCAUGCAUGGAAUCUUUGAUGAUGCAAAUACUACAAUGCUGAGGAUGAGAAUGAACCAAGAGGAAAAAGAGUUGUUUUAUUUUGAUCCAAAAUGUAUUAAUUGGCAUCAAUUCCUGAUGGAAAUACACAUUCCAGGGGUUAUCAAACAUUACAUGGAUAAUCAAUGCUUAUUGAGAAAAAGAGCACGAAUGUAAUUAAAUAUUAGAUUGU